UCUGCCUUCGCGUUUUUUCGUUUUUGCCCUUCUUGUCCCAGUCUGCCCUCCGUACCGUGAGAGGCGUUAACAGCAGAUAAGACUCCGGUGUUGUUGUGAAGAUUAGGUUCUUAUCGCCGAUAUCCAGCGGCUCAAUUCACAACUAUCAGCCGGACUACCAGAGCUAGCGGCGGCUACAGCGGAGCAGCGGCCCGUCCGAGCAGCCGGAGGCGGUGAGUGUCGCUGUCAUUAGCCGCUAGCUGUUAGCCUGCUACCAGCUGUGUGACAUGUAACUGCCUACAGCCGAGCGAUGCUCGACUGAUGUGUCCAGUAAUUACCUCGACACUCAGCCCCCAAAGUCCCGCCGACAGGGUUAUAACGGACCGGUCUGCCGAGCCUCAGUGCUCCGGUGAGCUAACGGGGGUCAGGCGGCAUGCUAACAGCCGAGCUAGCUGUGCUUCAUCAUUGCUCAGGGCUACCCCGAGACUACACUUCAUCAUCAGCUGUAUGUAGCAAGGUGAUAAAAGUACAUAAUAUUAGACCUAGGAGAGGGUAAUCGCAGUGUAUCAGUUACAUACAGUUAAAGUAAAUCCAGCAUGAUUAAAUUCUUUAGGCAGUAAAAGUACACAGGUAGGAUUGGGGCAAAGUAGUAAAAGUACACGGUAAUGACUCAGAGAGGGCAGGAGAUGUUUAUGUCAGGUGCCAGGCGCUCUCCUGAACAUGUGGCUGCUGUUUGUGACACAGCUGCCUUGCCCUGUGCUGUGAUUGGACACGACGAUGGUGGUGGUGUUUACAGGUGUGUCUCUGGCAGCAGUGUGUGGGUCAGGUGGCUCCAGUCAGACACCAUGAGUUCUAAGGGAGGCGGCACCGCUCUGACCCGCCGUAACUACAGGCUGGCGUCAGACAUGGACAAGCCGAGAUCCACAGGUAUCGUGAACGAGAAGAUGCUGAGCGACUACCUACACCAUGUGUUUCCCUCCACCAAACAGGGACCCACACUGGCCUCGCUCAGGAAGCCUCUGGGCUUCCAGGAUCUACCUGCUCACCUGGAGAAGCUGCUGUCUGAGGACACGCCUACGGAGGACGGUCAGGCUGUGGACGGUCGUCUGGGUCCUCAGCCCGUUGUCCUCGAUCACACCAGCGGCUUUGAAGGACUCCUGUUUGUAGACGACGACCUGCUGGGGGUCAUCGGCCACAGCAACUUCAGCUCCAUCCGAGCGACCACCUGUGUUUAUAAAGGGAAGUGGGCCUACGAGGUGCUGAUCUCCUCUCAGGGUCUGAUGCAGAUAGGCUGGUGUACCCUUAGCUGUCGCUUCAAUCAGGAGGAGGGUGUAGGUGACACGCCGGACUCGUACGCUUACGACGGAAACAGAGUGAGAAAGUGGAACGUGACGACGACAAACUACGGAAAGUCGUGGGCAGCAGGAGACAUCGUGAGCUGUCUGAUAGACCUGGAUGAAGGAACCAUCACGUUCUGCCUGAACGGCCAGUCUUUGGGGACGGCCUUCACCAACAUUAAGAUGGGUCCUGGCAUCGCUUACUUUCCCGCCAUCAGCCUCUCCUUUAAAGAGUCAGUGGCUUUCAACUUCGGCAGCAGGCCCCUCAGGUACCCCGUGGACGGCUACCUGCCCCUCCAGAACCCUCCAGCUGCAGACCUGAUGAAGGCCCACAAACUGCUGGGCUACAUCAAGAACGUCCUGUCCACCGCCAUCGACGCUCAGGAGGAGAGGCUGGUGGAGAAGGACUGCGCCGUGUGGAGGCUUCACGGAGAGCCGACCGUCCUCGUCACUCUGGCUCACAUCUUUAACCACUUUGCUCCACUCAUGUGUAAGGUGUAUCUGGUGGAGGACGUGCUGAUGAACUUCCUGCUGGGGAUUCUGGAGGGAGGAGGUUCGGUGGACGAACACCCGCUCAUCCAGCAGCUGCUCGACCUCUUCUGGCUGCUGAUGGAGGACCACGAGGUGAACGAGUGUCUGAAGCAACUCAUGAUGUCCUUACUCAGGGCCUACCGCUUCUCCCCCAUCAUCCCAGACUUGGGCUUCCAGAUCCACUACCUGCGGCUGACCACGGCCAUCCUGCGCCACGAGAAAUCCAGGAAGUACCUGCUCAGCAACGUCUUGUUCGACGUUCUGCGCUCGGUUGUGUUCUUUUACAUCAAAACUCCUCUGAGGGUGAAGGAGGCGGGGCUAGAGGAGCUCAUCCCAACCACCUGGUGGCCCACGCACUUCGACAAAGAGGGUAAAGACGAGCGCGAGCCCAAAGACGAGAGCGCCGACGAGCGUCUGAGGCGCCGAGCCUACGAGAGAGGCUGCCAGAGGCUGAAGAAGAGGAUCGAAGUGGUGGAGGAGUUGCAGGUUCAGAUCCUGAGGCUGCUGCUCAACAACAAGGACAAGAGCACGGGAGAAGCAUCGCGCUACAUUUUCCUCAACAAGUUCAGGAAGUUCCUCCAGGAAAACGCCAGCAACAGAGGGCACCCCACGGCUCUGUGUCCGCCUGAGUACAUGGUGUGUUUCCUGCACCGCCUCAUCACAGCGGUCAGAGGCUGCUGGGACGAAGGACACCGCAAGAGUCCGAGCAGCGUGAGCAGCGACGAGGCCUACGUCCCUCCUCAGUUGUUCUAUAACGGGAAGGUGGACUACUUCGACCUGCAGAGGCUGGGCGGGCUGCUGUCCCACCUGAAGAAAACCCUGAAAGACGAUUUGGCGAGUAAAGCAAACAUCAUCAUCGACCCCGCGGAGAUCCAGGCCACGUCCAUGGACGACCUGGACGAGGACGACGAGAGCGGAGCUGCUCAGAGGCUUCCCGGGGCCGUGGCGAUGGGCGGAGCUCUGGCGAGGCCCAGCUGGUUGAGUUCUCCCACUUUGGGUCGGGCCAACCGCUUCUUGAGCACGGCCGCCGUCAGCCUGAUGACCCCCAGGCGACCCCUGAGUCAGCCGGAGAAGGUGAAGGUCCGAACGCUCGCCGUGGAGCAGCGCACCGAGGAGGACAUCGAGGGAAGUCAUGGCAACGACGGCCUGUUGCUGGGGCGACCGCUCGAGGAGCCCGAUCAACAAAUUGCAGACAAGUCGCUGCUGGAGAUCGUGGACGGGAUCGUGAUGAUGUACAACCUGAGUGUCCAUCAGCAGCUGGGGAAGAUGGUGGUGGUGUCGGACGACGUCCAUGAGUACGCCGUGGCACUGAAGGAUACGGAGGAGAAGAUCGCCCGCUGCCCCGCCAGAAGGGCCGACAUCCUGGAGGAGCUCCAGAAGAGCCAGAAGGUUUUUGCGGAGAAGCUGAACCACCUGAGCAGGAGGCUGGCCUGGAUCAACGCCACCAUCUACUCCAAGGAGAAGAUGCUGGACAUCUACUGGCUGCUGUGUGUCUGCAUCCGCACCAUCGAGCACGCCGACAACACCGGCUCUCUGUUCGCCUUCACAUCAGAGUUCUACCUCAACGUCGCCAUGAACGCGUACAGCGCCCUGAAGAACUACUUCAGCCCGGCUAACGGCAUGGACGAGCUGCCCGGCUACGAGGAAACUCUGACUCAGCUCGCUGCCAUCCUUGCGAAGCACUUUGCAGAUCCACGCAUCGUUGGGACAGAUAUCAAAGACUCUCUGAUGCAAGCGCUGGCCAGCUACGUCUGUUACCCACAAUCCCUCAGGGCUGUGGAGAGGAUCCCGGAGGAGCAGCGAGUGGCCAUGAUGAAGAACCUGCUGGCUCCAUACGAGCAGAGACCCUGGGCCCAGACCAACUGGAUCCUGGUCAGACUGUGGAGGGGUUGUGGUUUUGGCUACAGAUACACUCGCCUCCCUCAUCUGCUGAAAACCAAACCCGAGGAUGCCAACCUGCCCAGUCUGCAGAGUAGGUGCUCUUUGCUGUUCUGUCUGUGCAUGCCUGUCAUCAGCUCCCAUCUCCUCCUCUUGGUUUGCAGCACGUUCCCGGUUCAGAGUCUUACUGCUGCACGGACGCUGACUUCUCUGUGCUUCUCCUUUGCAUGCCUUUCAGGAGAUCUGUCCAUUGCUAGUUUCCAGAAGCCGUGCCCGUCGUUGCUGCUGCAGAGACACAUGGCGGAGCUGCUCAGCAUGGAUAAAGACAUGGCCGCCUCUUUCCUCAACAGCGUCCUGAACCAACUCAACUGGGCCUUCUCAGAGUUCAUCGGCAUGAUCCAGGAGAUCCAGCAGGCCGCGGAGCGUCCAGAGAGGAACUUUGUGGACACUCGUCAGCUGAAGGUGUGUGCGACCUGCUUCGACCUGUCGGUCAGCCUGCUGCGGGUGCUCGAGAUGACCGUCACUCUGGUGCCUGAGAUCUUCCUGGACUGGUCCCGCCCCUCCGCGGAGCUGCUGCUCAGACGGCUCGCUCAGCUGCUGAACCAGGUGCUGAACCGAGUGACAGCAGAGAAGAACCUGUUUGACCGAGUCGUCAACCUCAGACUGCCAGGGCUGGAGAGCGUGGACCACUACCCCAUCCUGGUGGCUGUUACCGGCAUCCUGGUUCGGAUCCUGGUGGACGGAGACCGGCAGGGACACCGACUACAUCAGUGAGGAGGAGAAGCACAGGGUGGAGCUGAUGUUGGCCUUUCUCACCGAGGAGUCCAAGCAGGCUGCAGCCAGCACAGCUAGCCUGCAUCAACCAGCACCUGAUGAACAACAAGGACUGCUUCUUCUGCAAGGCCACCAUCACCGGAGUCGAGGACUACAGCAAGCCGGCCUCCUCCUAACACACGCACACACAUACACGCGCACACACACACACACAUGCAGGGUGAAAUGAGGCACCAUAACUACACACAAAAAACCAGAGCAGUGAUGUGAAGACAGCAGCAGAACCAGCUGUCACAUUAGCACAACAGCACCUCCACCUGUCAAAGCGAGUACACCACGCACACAGACACACACACAGACACACACAGUGCUACAGGGCAACAGGAUGCAGGCGUGCCGCCUCUGCAGAAACACACAAACAGGAAACAAAGGAGAACCUCAUCCUCAGCAGAGGAAGGCUUCCUCCAGGACUCCCACAGUAAUUUAACACAGACACACAAAACUCACAUAAAACACACGAAAAGGUCGACAAAGAGCCAAACAACCGCAGAUAGGAUCCAGCGUCCUCCAUCACCACCUGAUCCACAGCUCAGAGAGCUGUACCUGUACACACACGCCUGCUGGACUGUUGUUACCCUGCUGUGACAGAGUUUCUGUCCUUAUCACCGUCAGGCUCCAGAUUCAGUGUCACAAA